CCGGUUCGACUUCCGGUCAAUGUUGCCAACUCGCGGCGGACGGGUUUAGGCAAUCCAACAGCGGACGACGAUGGUCGCCUGGACGGUGUCCCACAGGCGGCACGUUCGGAUACUGCUGGUAGGAGAUCAGGGUGUCGGCAAGACCUCACUCAUCCUAUCCCUGGUCAGUGAGGAGUUCCCGGAGGAUGUGCCACCGAAGGCGGAAGAAAUCACCAUACCGGCGGACGUGACACCGGAACAGGUUCCUACAAACAUAGUCGACUAUUCGGCGGCUGAACAAACGGAUGAGGCACUUGCGGAAGAAAUUAGAAAGGCACAUGUCGUCUGCAUCGUCUAUUCCGUCGAAUGUGAGGAAACACUGGACGGAAUUACGGAACGAUGGCUCCCGAUGGUGCAGAAAUGCUCGGAAUUAGAGCGGAAGCCGGUCGUGCUCGUGGGAAACAAGAUAGAUCUGGUCGAUUAUUCCACCAUCGAUCAUGUUCUCUCGAUCAUGGAAGACUACCCCGAGGUGGAGAGUUGUGUGGAAUGUUCUGCCAAAACGCUACAUAAUAUUUCGGAAAUGUUUUACUACGCACAGAAAGCAGUCUUACACCCAACUGCACCGCUGUAUAUAAUGGAGGAUCAGGACCUAACGGAGGCGUGCAAAAAGGCGCUUGUUCGCAUCUUCAAAGUGUGCGACAUCGACGGCGAUGGUCUGCUGAAUGACUACGAGCUAAAUCACUUUCAGCGACGCUGUUUUAACGCCCCAUUGCAACCGCAGGUGUUGGAUGAAGUGAAAGCGGUGCUAAUGAAGAACACACCCGACGGUAUCCGAGACGAUUCCGUAACGCUAAGCGGGUUCCUGUUUUUGCAUUGCCUGUUCAUUCAACGCGGCCGGAACGAGACGACCUGGGCCGUGUUGCGGCGAUUCGGGUACAACGAAAACCUCGAGAUGAGCGAUGAGUAUUUGCAUCCGCAAGUAAAGAUCCCGCCCGGCAGCAGCACGGAACUAUCGCACCGUGGCCAACAGUUUCUUGUCUCGUUGUUCGAACGUAGCGACCGUGACGGGGAUGGUGCGCUUUCGCCAACAGAAUUCCAGAAGCUAUUCAGCGCCUGCCCAACGCCGCCAUUCUCGACCGAUAUCAAACGCACCAUACCGACGAACGAGAACGGUUGGCCAACGCUUCAUGGAUGGUUGUGUCGUUGGAGUUUGAUGACGCUGGUUGACGUGAACAAAACGCUCGAAUAUUUGGCGUACCUUGGCUUCAGCGUACAUGAGAACGAAUCGCAGCUGGCCGCAAUUCACAUCACGCGCGAGCGUCGGAUCGAUCUUGCCAAAAAGCAAAACAGCCGCACGGUGUACAUGUGCCACGUGAUCGGUCCGAAGGAAGCCGCCAAAACGACAUUCUGCCGAGCGUUCCUUGCGCAGGACAUGAAGCGGCUAACCGAUCGUGACAUUCGCCACAGUAACCGGUACGCGAUCAACACGGUGCAGGUGUACGGACAGGAGAAGUAUCUGGUGCUGCGGGACGUCGACGCCCGCCUGGUGCUGGAUCCCCUGCAACCGAGCGAGGUCAAUUGCGAUGUAGCCUGUCUCGUGUAUGAUGUCGGUAACCCAAAAUCGUUCGAGUACAUCGCAAGGAUAUACAUCAAGUACUUUGCCGAGAGUAAGAUUCCCGUUUUGAUCGUCGGCACCAAGGCAGAUUUGGAGGAAGUGCGGCAGGACUAUCUGCUGCAACCGCCAGACUUUUGCCACAAGUACAAACUACUGCAGCCGCAGUUCUUCAGCGUGAAGCACAACAAAAAGGACAUCUACACGAAGCUUGCGACGAUGGCGGCUUUUCCUCGAUUUCAAGCAGCGUGGAUUCUGUUUUAUAAGCAUAGAUUGGUACAACUGUGGGAAACAACUCAACUAAAGCAAUUCGGACUCAUGUCAAGUGACCCGCUGCUCUGGUGGAAAGCUGGACUGGGCAUCGCCGCUGCAACCGUUGUAGGUUUCUUCGUAGUCAAAGCGUUCCAUGGUCCCGGCUCGACAGCGGCACGAUGAACAGAAAGCGAGCAUAAAGCAUGGAUUGUAAAUAUACCGGUAAACAUAAAUGUCAUUCGCAACGCAGUAGUACACUAAUUAGCUAUUCAUAAUUACGUAACCGGAACAAAGGAAUCGAUUCGAUCGCCGUGUUACGAUCGAUGGUAAGAGUUUUCCACUCCGAACGUGUUAGCAUGAACUAUGGUUUAAAGAAGUUGAAGUUGAACUAUGGUUUAAUUCACUCGAAACGUCUCCCAUUUGUAGUGGAUACACUUACAGAAAAGGCGCUCUAAAUUUUAGCGUAAAGUUAAACAGUUCGCUAGGUGUAAUUUCUGAGCAAGGUGGAAAAACGCCUACCAUUGGUAUUCGAGCAAUAGUUCCCAUUUCCAACGUUCAAGCUAUGUAUCUUUGUUUUAAUUUAACCAAUCAUUAUUGCAGUCCGUCGGUAACAGUUGCUUUAUCAUGGAGUACGGUUUUACAGCCUUCGGUUUUUGGGUUUGUUUUGAAAAAAAAAGUGUGGCUUUAAUUUCCUUACUAAGCAUAAGUUUACCACCAUCUGUCUGAGACGAUGCGAAGGGUCCAUCAUAUGGGCGUGUGUGGAGAAGCAAAACACAUUAAUUUGAAGCUAGCCUUGCCCUUACGAUCUUUUGCUAGUCUUUUACCAUUGUUCGUUGUUGGGAACACGUUGGAGAAAGCUAAGAAAUUAACGAUAUUAAUUAUAUUCAUCGCCAAAAACCCCGUGCCCUGCACGUAGAAACCUGCCGGUUUUGAAGAGGGCUUUGUAAAGAAAUAAGCAGACUAGAAGUUGGCACCAUCAGCAGUAGGAUUAUUAUUUUAAACCAAUCUACCCUAGUGACUAUGCGAGAAAAAGGCAAAUAUUAACCCAAAAAAGGCAUU